UCUCCAUCCAUCUCUUACCUCCAAACUUCAGCAGUGCACUGGUGCACGCUGACAGCGACAUCUGCCCAAGAUGGAUAGCAUGCGAGGCACCACGAUGGGCCAAGACUCUCGGUUCAAAGAUAAAGAAGCUGCUUCCAUAAAAGCUACGAAAUUUCCUAAAAACUUCAACGAGAAGGUCGAUCUUCGUAAAGUCAAUUUGUCGGUCUUACGCGGAUGGAUAGCUCAAAAAGUCACCGAGCUGAUCCGGAUCGAAGAUGAUGUCGUUGUAGAGUAUGUAUUUGGGAUGUUGGAGGAUAAGGAUAAUCCAAUGCCCGACCCUCGAAAGAUGCAAGUGUCCCUAGUAGGCUUCAUGAACAAAUACGGUGCAGCGGCAUUCAUGGAGGCUUUGUGGACUUUGCUCUUGUCGGCCCAAAACACGGUCGGAGGUGUCCCUGCGGAGUUCAUCGCGGCGAAAAAGGCAGAGCUGGAACAACGUCAAAUGAACGAGCGGAAUGGGCAGGACGCCUCGAGGCCUCCUCCAAGGGACGGACGAGGCCAAGCGUCGGAUUCUUUCGAUCGCAGGGAUAAUCGGUUACCUCCCCGACCCGACACCCACGACUAUCGUAAAGGUCCUCCACCUCGUCGUUUCGACGAUAGAAACGAAAGAGGUCCGUAUGGGCGAGAUCGGGGAGAUAGAGGUUACGAUAACAGGCAAAGAGAUAGUGGAUAUGGAGGCAGGUUUGGAGGUAGUGGGCGAGAUGGACCUGAUGGAGGUGAAGAAAGAAGUGACAGAUAUGGAAAUCGAGGAGAUGAUCGACCGCCCCCUACCCGUCGAAGUAGAAGUAGAAGUCCACCUCGAUAUCGUCGUCGAUCGCCUUCGCCCCCUCCUCGUCGAAGGACUCCCUCUCCGGCGCCUCGCGAAUCGGCCAAUCGUCAACGAUCUAUCACUCCACCACUUCGAUCUCAAAAGGGGUCGGACGUUAGAGCGGGCUAUGAGGACCGGAGGCCUGAACGACCUGAUCGAGGACGAGCCAGCCCUUCGCCAUCGCCUCCUCGCCCUACUCGGACCGAACGACAGCGUGGUAGACCGCGCUCGGUGACACCUCGGUCCGUGUCUCGCUCUAGGUCAAGGUCGCGAUCACGAUCGCCUACUGUAACUCCGCCUCGUCGUGGACGUCGAGAUUCGACGCCGCCCGUCAAAUCUAAAGGCAGAGGAUACGACAACGUGUCGUCUCGAUCUCCUGAACCAAAAAGGCGAAGACGAUCACCUAGUGAUAGUCGUAGUCCGCCGCCUGCUCGACGACGCCGAUCUUCGACUCCUCCUGCACCACGUAGGCAGAGGUCACCUUCACCGCAGGCGACCAGAGACAGGGAGACAGUAAGGGGAAAUGAUGGGCCUGAGGAAGACGUCAUCAAGAAAGGUCGAGGGAGAUUCACGGUGGAGGAUGAAGAGGCUAGGGGGCAUAAGAAGAAGCUUGAAGGAAGAUUGGCGCAGUCUAAAUGGGCUCAGGAUGAUUGAGGUGGAGGUACGAUUCUCAUAGGCUACGAGCGAGGCAGUGAAGGCUAUGGUC